CCUGUCUGUGCAGUAUGAAAUGCAUGACGGGAACUUGGAGCCCUCGGAAGAGAGGGAGGGUUGUGUUUGGUGGCUGAGACAGAGAAAUCAUGAAGCGCUGAAGAUCGGGGAAAAUGCAAGCUCGAGGCAAUCAGGAUGCAUCACUACACACAGGAGAGCUGAAGUGGGUAGACUGACCCUUCCCAAGAAUAAAGAACCCCAAAUAACUGGAUGUCGUGAGAGGCUGUCUUUGGCACUGGUGCAAAGAUCCUAACCGUAUUCACUUAUCUGUCUUGCACAGUGGACCAAGGAUCAGGCUAUUCUAUUAUUAUGGAGUCAGUGAUGAAGCUCCAGAGGGUGCAGCUGAAAUGCAAGAACCUUCAUGAAUUCCUGCGGGGCCUCAGUCCUGGCAUCUUAGACCGGCUCUACAAUCAUCCUGCCACAUGUCUAGCAGUCUUUCGCGAGCUGCCAGGGCUGGCCAAGAACUAUGUCAUGCGGAUGCUUUUUCUGGAACAGCCCCUCCGUCAGGCCGCUGUAGCAUCGUGGGUAAAGAAGGAAUAUGCUAAGGAGCAGGAGGAGAGCUCAGAUGUCUUGCUAGGGCUGCGGAUCUGGCACACCCAGUUGCUCCCAGGUGGACUUCAAGGACUCUUCUUGAACCCAAUAUUUAAGGAGAACUUGCGCAUUGCCCUGCUGGGAGGAGGUAAGGCCUGGUCUGAUGACACUAGCCAGCUGGGCCCAGAUAAGCAUGCCCGGGAUGUCCCGUCUCUAGACAAGUAUGCUGAGGAGAGGUGGGAGGUCAUCCUGCAUUUCAUGGUGGGCUCUCCAAGCGCAGCAGUAAGCCAAGAUUUAGCUCAGCUGCUCAUUGAAGCUGGGCUAAUGAAGAGUACUGAAGCUGGAGAGCCGCCCUGCAUCACGUCUUCUGGCUUCCAGUUCCUCUUGCUGGAUACCUCAUCUCAGCUCUGGUACUUCAUGCUCCAGUAUCUCCAGUCAGCUGAGACCCGGGGCAUGGAUCUGGUGGAGAUUCUUUCCUUCCUCUUUCAGCUCAGCUUCUCCACUCUUGGCAAGGAUUAUUCUGUGGAAGGCAUGAGUGAGUCUCUGCUGAAUUUCCUUCAGCACCUCCGGGAAUUUGGCCUAGUCUUUCAGAGAAAGAGAAAAUCUAGGCGUUACUACCCGACCCGCCUAGCCAUCAACCUUUCCUCUGGCAUCUCUGGCAUCACGGUGGACACACAUAACCAGGGCUUUAUCGUUGUGGAGACCAACUACAGGAUCUAUGCGUACACAGAUUCUGAACUGCAGAUUGCACUCAUUGCCCUCUUUUCUGAGAUGCUCUAUCGCUUCCCCAACCUGGUAGUGGCUCAGGUCACCCGGGAGAGCGUGCAGCAAGCCAUCGCCAACGGCAUCGCAGCAGAUCAGAUCAUUCAUUUCUUGCGUACUAGAGCUCACUCUGUGAUGCUGAAACAGACCCCAGUGCUGCCUCCCACGAUCACAGAUCAGAUCCGGCUAUGGGAGCUAGAACGAGACAGACUCCGCUUCUCUGAGGGCGUCCUCUAUAACCAGUUCCUAUCCCAGGUUGACUUUGAGCUGCUGCGUGACCACGCGAAGGAACUUGGGGUCCUUGUCUUUGAGAACCCAGCCAAACGUCUCAUGGUGGUGACCCCUGCCGGCCACUCGGACGUCAAACGCUUCUGGAAGAGGCAGAAACACAGCUCCUGAGGGAGGGCAGGGAGGAGCCUGCACACCAAGAUCUCCGUUCUUGCACUUGCUGCUGGAAAGCAGGGGUGGUCGUGGUGAGGAUGUCAUUGCAUCCCUCUGCCCUUAACCUUGGAUGAGUACCGGAGACACAGAGAUGAAGCAGCAGCAGCAGAAGGCCUUGUAGGGGUUGCCUGAUAACUCCUCUCCAGUCAAGAACUGGUGAAGAAAUGUGGGGAAACUUCUGCAAGUUACAGUUCUUAACUGAUAAAGUAGCUAAAACUUGUUACCUGCCAGUAAUUCUCUGUGGAAGGGGAAGCUUUGCUAUUACAGUUUGGCUAAUGCUGGUAUGGAAUAGGUUAAGACAGCUAAAAACACCCAUUAAAAUAUUUUGGGCAACUGAACUUGGGUGGGCUUCACUGCCUACCCUUGGCCUAGUGAAUGGUGCAGAAAUGACCGGUGUUGCUGUAUUGCUAAAGUUUAGCCACUGUGUGGUCAAUCCCGUGGCUGGGGAAACCUCUUGCAGCCUCAAUUUACAAGAAGGGGAUACAAGUAUAAAAACAAAGGCUGCAAUCUUAACUGUGUCUACUCGGAAGUUAACAGACCUAGGAUUGCAGCCUUAGUUUUUUUUUUUUUUUUUAAAAAGUGCGGCCCUCCAAGUACUUAACAGAGUUGGAGGGUGGGGAGUUACUGCCCUGAGACAGCCUUCACCAACUUGGUGUCCUCCAACUGUUGUUGGACUACAACUCCCCAUCAUCUCUGACCGCUGGCCAUCCUGGCUGGGGCUGAUGGGAACUGUAGUCCAAAAUACCUGAAGGGUACCAGGAUGACAAAGGUUGCCCUAAAGUAUCCAUGAGGGGAGGAAAAGCUUUCAUCCAUCACGUGCUUAGGCUGCCGUUUGAGAUUAUACAGUGGAUGUAGGCAGGAUGUACAGAUAUAUUGCCACUCAUGCUGAGUUAGUCAUCAGUAGCCAGAGCUACUGUGUACCCCCCAGAGGCUCUUGUUCUAAGCCAGCUGUGGGAAACCUGUGACCUUCCAGAUGUUUGCUGGACUCUUAACUCCCAUCAGAUCCAGCUGGCACGGACAAUGGUUAGGGAUAAUGACAGCCAGAGUCCAGCAACAGCUGGAAGGCCGAGAUUCCCCAGCCCGGGUCUUAGUAGGUGUGUUUGUGGGGAUACAAUUCAAGAGCAUUUGUCUUCUACCCAUGUGUGGCAGAUCACUGACCUGAAAACAGUUCCCCCGGCUCUGCUUGUGUAUGUAGGAGAUUGCCGUAGCAACAUCACAUGCAACCUUCAGCUUCCACUUUCCGUUUUAUGGACAGGGUUGCAUUCAUUUUACGAACUGGACAUUGCCUCAAGCCCAGUUUCCCCCAUCGCUGCAAUUCUGUACUGGGUGGGUGGAGAGAGAGUGACUUCAUCUUGUUCUUGUACAUGUCAGACAGCUGUUAACAACCCCAAGCCUCUGUCUAUUAAAAAGGAAGCAGCCUAUCCCGGAGGUGCCUUCUCCUCCAGAGCCUUCUGCCACAAAUUGGUGAGGAAUACCCGGCCAAAAUUCCACAGCAAAUAGAUGAGGCUUGUUAGCAGAACCAUAGAGAUUCCACCAUUCUCCUGAGCCAGACUCCUAGACAAGAGGCAUUUAGGCACAAUCUCUUCCUAUCUUCUUCCUCUUUUAAGCUGGAGAAAAAGGAAGUAACGUAAUGGAGCCACCGCCAUCUUGGCAAGGGAGUCUGCUAUGGUUUCUCUCUAUGUGGAUGGUGCCACACGGUCACUUAUUCUUCCUUUAAACCUGCAUUGACUUUUAAAAAGUAACAGGGCUUGGAGUUGCAAAUGUUCAUUGGUCUUGUGAGCCAAUCAAGGUGUGUCCAGCUUGCCGAUCUAUCUGCAGCUGGUGAACCUUCUAAUUCUUGCCAUAUAACCCACAGAAAAAAACACAAUUUGUACCUGGCACCCUCAUCUUCUUUCUUCCCCAGUCUUUGAUGUAGUCACAGAAGUUAUGGCAGUGUGGAAAGCAAGUCUGAGAGGCUGGGGGUGCAAACGCAAAGCAAACGUAUUGUGAUUGAUGACUCUUUCAGCCUUCUCCAACCUGGUGCUCGUCAGAUAAUUUGGGCUAAAACUCCUGUCCUCCCUAACCAUCAGCCAUGCCAACUGGGGCUGAUAGGUGUUGCAGUCCCAAGCAGCUGGAGGGCACCAAGUUAGGGAAUGCUGUUCUCCUGGACAUAUAGACUGGUUUCUAUCAGAUGCAGGGUGUCAGUGUUGAUCUGGAACAGGCUUGUGCCACUUAAAUGGGAAUUUAUAAACUGGAUCAAGCAAUGUACUAGUGUUAGAUCGGGUUUGUAGAUAGCCUUUUUGUACUUUUGUAUGUAUUGUGACAGAAAUAUCAAUAAAAUGCUGCAUCGGAA